AUGGCAAUAUUUAAGAUUGUAAAAGCUGAUGGAGCCGAGCGUAAGGUGUCUGGAUACCAAUAUGUUCCACCACCUCCAGGCACAAAGCAGUUUGUUAGUACCAAGCUUGGUAGUGCUGCCUUGCCACCAUCGGUUGAUCUUCGUCCUCAUAUGACCACCGUCGAGAACCAAGAGGCAACCAGCAGUUGUGUAGCCAAUGCCGUGGCAGGCGCCUACGAAUACCUGGUCAAGCGCUACCACAACAACGACUCCUACGACGUCAGCCGUCUCUUCAUCUACUACAACGCUCGUGAGCUUGCCGGAGAGACCGAGAUCAAGGACGAAGGCACAUUCAUCCGCCAUGCCAUCGAGGGUUUGAAGCAGUAUGGCGCGCCAUCCGAGACCACAUGGCCAUUCGACGUGAAGAGGGUCAAUGACGUGCCCGACCAAAAGUCCUAUGACGAGGCCGCCCUGUUCUUGAUCGAGGAGAAUGAGUUGGUGCCCACCGAGUUGGACGCCUGGAAGAAGUGUCUGGCCGAGGGCAACCCCAUCAUCUUUGCCAUGCGUCUCUACAACUCGUUUGACUCGCAUCGCAAGGCUGGCCUCGUGCCAAUCCCAUCGCCCGCCGAAGAGUCGCGCGGCUCCCACGGUGCCCACGCCAUGCUCUGCGUCGGUUACAAUGACAAGGACCAAGUGUUCAUUAUCCGUAACUCUUGGGGCUCGACCUGGGGUGACAAGGGCUACUGCUACAUCCCCUACAGAUACCUGAUCGAUGCCAAACAUAAUCAUGGUGAUAGCUGGAUCAUCAAGAGACUUGAAGUGUUGGAGCUUGACGAGGAGGCAUGGGGCGACAAUGUGUCUAUAAUGGAGCAUGUCGAGAAUGAGCUGUCCAACAUGAGCGACGAGGAGUACGCCGAGUUUAUGGAUGCGAUGGGCGACUCACCCUUUGAGUACCGUCUCGCUCGUCUGUUCCUGCACGCUGCAUCGGCCGACAACGAGUUGACUGACGCCGAGUUGGAUGGCAUCACUGACUAUCUGCAGCAGGUGCUCGACAACCUGUGCAUCAAGAUGGGUGCGGGACGUCUGCUGAACCGCUGUCUACGUGACUUCCAGCGAGAGUCCGACGCCGAUGUCGAGGCAUUCCUCCAAGAGACCAUCGAUCUGUUUGCCAACAACCUCUCCAAGCCCACCCUGGGCGGUCUGCUCGCCAAGCUCGAGGAGGUCGUCAGUGGCGAUGACCUGGCCGCCGAAGAAGCCGACUUUAUCGACAUGUUGGUGGAGCAGUGGCAGAUUGAUGCCUAA